GGAAGGCCAUGGAGAAUGAGCAAGUCAGAAUUGAGUAAAAUAAUAAGUUCUGUCGAGAAGUCAACAUAGAGGUGAAAUGCUGAAUGUCCUCCACUAUGCUGUGAUUGUAUAAUAAAAUUAGAUGCUGAGCACAUAGAGUUCCCCACAUAAAGUUUUCCAAAAGUUGGUUUAUUGAAGGACUAACUAUCCUUUCUGUGGUAGGCCUGACCCAGACUAUGGCCAGCAGAAUUUCUGACCCCUCUUCUUUUGGAGACUAAUGAUGCCCUUUGCCUUCUUAGGUUCUAAUCAAAAUCCAUGCUUGUGGAAUAAAUCCAGUUGAAACUUACAUGCGUGCUGGAACCUAUCCUAGGAAGCCAUCCCUGCCCUGGACACCUGGAAAUGAUGUUGCGGGAGUUGUGGAACAAGUGGGACAAUUUGUCAGCAAAUUUAAGAAAGGGGACCGUGUUUUCACAUGUGGAACCAUCACUGGUGGAUAUGCCGAGUAUACAGUUGCUUCAGAUGAUCGAGUUUAUCCCUUGCCAGAAAAUCUUAGCUACAAGCAAGGAUCAGCUAUUGGAAUUCCUUACUUCACUGCAUAUCGAGCACUCUUCCACAAAGCCCAUGUGAAGGCUGCAGAAACUGUUUUAAUUCAUGGAGCAAGUGGAGGGGUUGGGAUAGCAGCCUGCCAGAUUGCCAGAGCCUAUGGCCUGAAGGUUCUCGGGACAGCUGGGACUCAGGAAGGACUCAGUCUGGUUCAAAAGAAUGGAGCUCACAAGACUUUCAACCACAGGGAGACUGGCUACAUUGAUAAGAUCAAGGAUUACACUGAUGGUCAAGGAGUGGAUGUGAUCAUUGAAAUGUUGUCCAAUGUGAAUCUGAGCAAUGAUCUACAACUGCUUGCAACUGGUGGGCGAGUGACUAUUGUAGGCUGCAGAGGUAGCAUUGAGAUAAACCCCAGGGAUAUCAUGCCUAAGGAGUCCAGCAUCAUUGGGGUUGCAUUCGGUACAAUAACUGAGGAAGAUCGAUUGGAGUCGGCAGCUGCAUUCUUUGCAGGAAUGGAGAUGGGCUGGCUGAAGCCAGUGGUGGGACCGGAAUACACGCUGGAGAAUGUGGCUCAGGCUCAUGAGGACAUCAUUAAGGGGCCUGGAACAAUGGGCAAGAUGAUUCUUACAAUAUAAAAUGCAGGAGCAGAAGUCUACCAUUCAACCUGAUGAGACUGCUCCAAUGAGAUCAUGGCUGAUCUGAUAAUCCUCACCUCUACUUUCCUGCCUUUUCCCCAUAACACUUGAUUCCCUUCCUGAUUAAAAUUCUGUCUGUCUCAACCUUGAAUAUACUUAGUGACCCAGCCUCAACAGCGCUAUGUGGUAAAGAAUUCCACAGAUUCACUAUCUUCUCAUAGAAGUUCCUUCUCAUCUCUGCCUUAAAUGGGCAACCCUUAUUCUGAGAUUAUGCCAUCUCAUCCUAGACUCUCCCACAAGGGAAACAACAUCUUCCAUUUAUCUUGUCAAGCUGCCUGGAAUCCAGAACAGUACCCUUCUGCCCCACUCCUAGUGCCAGGGCCCCACUAACUGAAACCCAUUCCACCACACCGAUCAUCAAGCCACACAUUUCACUUCUUGACAUUAUUUACACUAUGCUAGUUUGCGAAUACCUCAGGUAGUAAUCCUGAUAUUAUUAGCUUGGAGAUUCUGUUUUUUGGUUUAGCUCCUAAUUGUUAAAAGUCUUUUAGCAAAAACUCCUUUCUAGUCAUGUCAAUGUUGUUAGUACCAACAUGGAUGUACAACAACUGGGUCCCUCCCCUCCCAGGCCAAGUUCCUUUCUGGCUCUGAGGAUAUGUCCUUAACCCUGGCACUUCAGGACUCAUGCUCACAGCUGAAGAGAACAUUAUCUAUUCCCUAAAGAUACUGUCCCCUAUCACUACUACUUCCCUGUGUCAUCUCCCCACAAGAGGCUCACUGUAGCAAGUGGUAUGGUCAGGUUACUCAUCUUCUCUGCAGUCUCCACUUCCAUCCACACAGCUUGCAAGAACCUCAACUGCUGGACAAUUGCAGGAGAGAGGCUUUUUGACAGGUGCUCCUUGCGUUGGCAUACCUACCAUAAGCCCCUCCUGUCCUUAAUCACAGAGCAAAUUUGAAUUUUCUAAUCUAACGGGUAUUACCACUUCCUGAUGCUGUGCAAUGUUUCGGAGAUGGGGGAGGUGAUGGGGGUUGUGUUCAAGCACUCCCAAUCUCCACUCACAUGUCAUGAUUAUCUGCCCAUUUGCACUUAAUUCAGUUAUAUGAAUAAAGAAGUAAUGACUGAUGUAUUUAGUUACAUAACUGACCAACAUGAUGCGGAGCAACAAGGUGUAGAGCUGGAUGAACACAGCAGGCCAAGCAGCAUCAUAGGAGCAGGAAGGCUGACGUUUCGGGCCUAGACCCUUCAUCUAUCUCUGGUGUGGAACAAGGUUGGUGGGUGUGCUAGUCUUUCACUGUUCCAUCAGCUUUAUGUGUUUACGAUACAUAUUACCUAAAAUUCAGAAAAACAUUCAGGAGAUAAAGGGGGAUUGCUGUCGCUACUGAUGGCAGUUUAGACAUUGCUACAAGCCUUAUCCUCAUCCAUUAUUAUUUAAUUGUCUAUCUGUAAAUGCCUCUGUAAAAUUGACCAGGGGAGCUGUGCGAGCCAGGAUGGGUGUUGGUACAGCAAACGCCCUGACAGCAAUUCACACAAUAUAUUCUUGGUCAAACACAGCAAGUUAACAGCCAAAUCUCAGUUAAAUAAAAAUUUGUUCUCAA